UUAACAUGAAAUCAUCAAGUGCGACUCUGAUUUAGCGCCUUCUGUUUGUCACAUUUUGCUUAAUCACAGCUGAUUUUGACGAUAUGAGAUACAAAUAAUUCAAAUAGAUAAUCUUGAAAUAAACUCGGUGACGCGAUUAAUAUUAUGUUCCAUUAAGUGAUAAUAAAAAAAAAAGAAAUAAUGGCAGAGGUUUCAAGAAAAAAAAGAGUAAAUUGGAGUGAGGCUGCCGAAGCCGAUCUAAUACAGUUCUGGGCAAUGAACAUGGCAGAGCUUCGAACAGUUAAGAGAAAUAUGCAUAUACAUCAGGAAAUAGCGAAGGACAUGACUUCAAUUGGCCAUAAAUAUACGGCUGUGGAAAUUAGGGUAAAAAUUAAAAAUUUCAAUAAAAGAUACAGGAUGGAGAAGAAGAAUAUAGGUCCAUCGGGUAUUUCAACUUGGAUACAUUUCGAUGCGGUCCACAAAGCAAUAACCGGCUACAAAAGUUUUUGUUCGGACGAGCUUGCGGAGGACAGUAUUGUGGAGCCAAUUCAUGUGGAGUCUGAAAGCGAAGGAGAAUUGCCUCUUCCGAGUCCUGGCGGAUCUUCGGAUACCUCCAAUCACACUUCAUCCAGUGAAGCUGAAAAAAAAGUAGUGUCGGUAAUGGAUGAAAUGAGGAAGGAUCCUGGCGGAUCUUCGGAUACCACCAAUCCCCCUUCAUCCAGUGAAGCUGAAAAAACGAUAGUGUCGGUAAUGGAUGAAAUGAGAAAGGAUUUUGUGAAGGUGUUUCAGGCGAUGAAUGAUGCCGAUGAAAAACGGCUACGUAUAUUAGAAAAAGCUGUCAAAGAUGUUAGUGAGAUGAAGGAUGCUUUCAUCGAAUUCCUUCGUCGCCAAAACUAAUUUUAAAGUUUUUAAUUUAGAUUUUAAAAUAAUUAAUAUAGUUAUUAUAUAUAUUUUCUAAAAUUAUAUGUGUUUGAUAAGUAAGUAUGUUGUGUGUGUAUUUAAGUAUGAAUCGGUUGCUGAUUACAGAUAAUUUUUGAGACGUACCAAUAUAAUUACACGAAUGACAUUAGAAUCCAUAUAAUACCAAUAUUUAUAUAUUAAUACACAUACAGUUACGAUUAUCGCCCUUUUUUCAAACGAAAUUAAUAAAGACGGAAUUUGGUUCUUCCCAUUUGUUCAAACUAAUUUAUUAAAUGGUAUAACGAAAAAACAA